CGUCCGAGGAGGAGGAGGAGGAGGCGGCGGCGCCAAGAUGGCGGAAGCGUUGGCGGUGAACCCCGCCUCCUGAGGGGUGUGUGGCGCCUGCCAAUCAAUCGGGAGCGGGAGAGGAUUCUCAGCGGGCCCAACUAGAUAUCCCAGAGGCCCCGAAGAUGGCCGGCGUCAUCGCCUCCCGGAUGAGCUUCAGCUCCUUGAAGAGGAAGCAGCCCAAGACCUUCACCGUCCGCAUCGUCACCAUGGAGGCCGAGAUGGAGUUCAACUGCGAGACCAAAUGGAAAGGGAAGGACCUCUUUGACCUCGUCUGCCGGACGCUGGGGCUCCGCGAGACCUGGUUCUUUGGGCUGCAGUACAUGAUCAAGGACACCGUGGCCUGGCUCAAGAUGGACAAGAAGGUCUUGGACCACGAUGUCCCGAAGGAGGAGCCAGUCACCUUCCACUUCCUGGCCAAGUUCUACCCGGAGAACGCAGAGGAGGAACUGGUCCAGGAAAUCACACAACACUUAUUCUUUCUUCAGGUCAAGAAGCAGAUUUUGGACGAGAAGAUCUACUGUCCUCCUGAAGCCUCCGUCCUUCUCGCUUCCUACGCAGUCCAAGCCAAGUAUGGAGAUUAUGAUCCCGGUGUUCACAAACGUGGCUUCCUUGCUCAGGAAGAACUGCUUCCGAAACGGGUGGUCAACCUAUACCAGAUGACCCCGGAAAUGUGGGAGGAAAGGAUCACCGCUUGGUACAGCCAACAUCGCGGAAGAGCCAGGGAUGAGGCGGACAUGGAGUACCUCAAGAUCGCCCAGGACCUCGAGAUGUAUGGCGUCAACUAUUUUGCAAUCCGGAAUAAGAAAGGAACCGAGCUGCUUCUGGGAGUGGACGCCUUGGGCCUCCAUAUCUACGACCCCGAAAACAAGCUGACCCCCAAAAUCUCCUUCCAGUGGAAUGAGAUCCGCAACGUCUCCUACAGCGAUAAGGAGUUCACCAUUAAGCCCCUGGAUAAGAAGAUCGACGUCUUCAAGUUCAACUCCUCCAAGCUCCGGGUCAAUAAACUGAUCCUACAGCUCUGCAUCGGAAACCAUGACCUGUUCAUGAGGAGGAGGAAGGCCGACUCCUUGGAGGUCCAGCAGAUGAAGGCCCAGGCCCGGGAGGAGAAGGCCCGCAAGCAGAUAGAACGGCAGUGCUUGGCGCGAGAGAAACAUAUGCGGGAGGAGGCCGAACGAAACCGGGACGAGUUGGAGCGGCGGCUGUUGCAACUGAAAGAAGAGGCGAGCAUGGCCAACGAAGCCUUAAUGCGCUCGGAGGAAACGGCGGACCUGCUGGCCGAAAAGACCCAGAUCACCGAAGAGGAGGCGAAGCUCCUGGCCCAGAAAGCGGCCGAAGCCGAGCAGGAGAUGCAGCGGAUCAAGGCCACCGCCAUCCGGACGGAGGAGGAGAAGCGGCUCAUGGAGCAGAAAGUCCUGGGGGCCGAGAUGCUGGCGCUCAAGAUGGCAGAGGAGUCCGAGCGGAGGGCAAAGGAAGCCGACCAGCUCAAGCAGGACCUGCAAGAGGCGCGGGACUCGGAGCGAAGAGCCAAGCAGAAGCUCCUGGAAAUCACCAACAAGUCCUACACACAGGCCAUGAGUGCGAGUCCCGCCGCCGUGCUGCCCGCCGAUUUGCCCUCCUACGGACACACCAGCGAGAGCCUCUCCUUCGACUUCAAAGAUACGGAUAUGAAGAGACUGUCCAUGGAGAUCGAGAAAGAGAAGGUGGAAUAUAUGGAGAAAAGCAAGCACCUCCAAGAACAGCUGAAUGAGCUGAAGACAGAAAUCGAGGCCUUGAAGCUGAAGGAGCGAGAGACCGCCAUGGGUUUCUUGCACAACGAGAGCAACAGCAAGCACAGCACCAUCGAGAGGCUGACCUUGCAGAGCACAAAAUCCCGAGUGGCUUUCUUUGAGGAACUCUAAAGCAAACGGGUCGGGAGAGCCGUUAACGAACCCGAUGCCGGAAACGAAGCCGCCGCCUGUCCUUUGACCUUGGACCCUUGUUUAAGUUUAUUACAUAAGCCUAAUGCAUUUAUUCCGUUUGCCUCUCCCACCUUUUCUAUUAUCCUGCUAAUUACCAUUUAUAUUGUAUAAAUCUUUCACGCUAUAAUAGCCUUUACUCUCCAUUUCCCUCCACCAAUUGGAGUCAAACUGCUUCUCAUGCAGGCCUUCUAAGGGCACCAGGGUGGGCUUGUGGCUCUCCAUUAUAUCUUCUCAUGAUGUACAUACAGUAGAGUCUCACUUAUCCAGGCCUCGCUUAUCCAAGUUUCUGGAUUAUCCAAGCCAUUUUUGUAGUCAAUGUUUUCAAUAUAUCGUGAUAUUUUGGUGCUAAAUUUGUAAAUACAGUAAUUACAACAUAACAUUACUGCGUAUUGAACUACUUUUUCUGUCAAAUUUGUUGUAUAACAUGAUGUUUUGGUGCUUAAUUUGUAAAAUCAUAACCUAAUUUAAUGUUUAAUAAUGCUUUUCCUUAAUCCCUCCUUAUUAUCCAAGAUAUUCGCUUGUCCAAGCUUCUUCCAGCCCGUUUAACUUGGAUAAUUGAGACUCUACUGUACUUGCAAAUACAGAUAUCCUAAAACACUUGAUCCAAGCAUUUUAGACAAAUAUUUUCAGUCCCCAAUGGAAAAACAGAAUAUUUGUAUUGCAUUUUUGUAUGUACCAGUCGAUUGGGACAUCCAGUGACAAGCAACAGUUAUUUGCAAUGGAGUUGCUCAGUUCCUCAACCCUCAUUAUUGCACAACUCAGAAUUGUGUAACCUCUAUCCAGAUUUUCCAAUUUGUGAUGAUUUUGCAGAUUUGCUCUGACUUCCUUACAUACAGUGUUGCCUAUGUCAUUUGUUUCCUCGGAAAAUGUAGUUGGAGAAUAGGAAGGAGAUAGCAGUUUAUUGUAAGAGGGUCAGCUUUGUUGGUUUCCUUUUCCUCUACGUUUCUGAAAAGCUUGUAGUUAGAUGUUUGGUUUCUGACAGCUGGGUGAGCAGAUGGCAAUAGAUCUGCACAGCAAAAACGUGGGCAGGAAGGUUUGUGAAAAGCAAAUAGAACUUUCCUUGUUGGUAAAACUGCAAGGCACGGUUUUGCAACAGUUACUGCCGACAGCCACUUAAGGAAAUAUGGUAAUUGGCCAAAAUUAACCCUGAAUAAAUUGGGUCGGGUGAAUCCUGUUUACAAUUGUAGAGAAAAAAAGAUGCGUUUUUGGCUUUUUAAAUAAUGUCCAGGCAUGUUUCAGCAGUUGUCUGAGAAGAGACAUCAUAUGUGAGAGAAGGUCUGCUUUGAGUUUUCUUGUGAAAAGAAAAGUGCAGUAUAAAUAAACAUAAUAAUAAAAGAGAAA